ACGAAAAAUGUAAGAAACAAUGUUGCCGUCUCAUCCGCGAUGGUCGAUAAAUAAUAAAAAUUCGACUAAUCAAUUAAACUUCCUGCAUAAUUAAACAUAGAGAAAGCGAAAGAUAUCAAACCGAUACGAUUGUAUAGGAACGAGUAAAUAAAAACUUCCGCAUUUUAAUAUCGAUCCGAAGAUUAAAAGAUAAAAAUCUUUUUCGUUUUCAAUAAAGUCAAUUGCACGACAACAUGGAAGUCGAUAAAAAUGACCUCCAGAUACGAGGAAGUUAACUCCGUUCUAUCCAUUCAGCCAAUCGGUGUUUUAGGUCGAACACACGAAUCCGUGACGUAAAAAACUCGAAAAUAGGACAUUGUAUCGACGACUCGUUCGGGAUGUCAUGUCUUAAAACGUUAGUCUCAAUAGAAAAUAAUGGAAAAUCGCCCGUUUACGAAUAGUUUACGUGGUGUUUUGUUUUGAAACACGCGAAACUUCAUCUUGUCAUGUUUGUGGUAGUCGAAGUAUUAGCAAUUGUUGCAUUAUUACAUAGUGUUGCAGAAGCAGUCAUCGUUAAAACUACAAAUGCUAACGAAAACGUUACUUCCACUCCACUUCGCCUUCGUUUACGAUGGCCCGGAAAAAAUUUCCGGACGUCGACGACGACGAUCUCCUCCACAUCGACCAUACCAACCACCACCUCCGUGGCAUCAAAAUCAACGAUACAAAUUCAGGAGGAAAAUGUUACUACAGGAUCUGAAAAUACGAAGGCAAAUGCCGAAAACAUCUCUUCCACGACUGAAAAUUUGGUGAAAUUAAACGAAUUCGGUAGCGCGACCGAAAGUUCGCCAUUUUCGUGGAAUUAUUCGACCGUCCCUUCUAUAUUUAGUAAUUACUUCUUCAAAAUUUUCCCAACCGAGACAAUAGACAAUAGCGAAAACAAAUUUUCGAUGUCGAAAGAAGAUAACGUUACGACUACUUCUACUUCUACUUCUUCUUCUCCGGCGAAUUUUUAUCAGGAAGCAGAAACGACAGAAAUCGUUAAAAAACAAACCAGUUCACCCGGCUACGAAAUACCCGUCGUGGAUUUCAGUUCGACAGAAAAAGUGGCCGACGUAAACUUAUUUAAUCCCUCUAAACCAAAGAAUAAAGAUGACACGUCCAGUUCGACUAAAGAGGUGCACGUAUCCUCUGGAGGGACUUACGUUUACGUGGUUGGAAUCGUAGGCAUCAUCCCUACGGUUGGCGUAUUUGUGUGGUGCAUUAAGCACGUAAUGUCGAGGCCACAAAAGAAUAAAGAUAUGACACCCAAAACAACCACGUAUUCGACCGUCGAUGUGCCAACUAACGAAUCGCAUGACGAUGUUACUGCUAUAGUAAGCAAGGAUCAAACGCCAGAUAAGUACGAUUAUUCUUCCGUAGAAACGAACUGGAAAAGAAUAAGUUUAGAGUAUCCUAGACAUAAUUUAGACCUUUUAGAAAUAUUAGGCGAAGGUAAUUUUGGAGUCGUGUGGAAAGCGGAGGCGGUAAAUAUAUGCGAAUCCAGGCAUACCACUAUUGUGGCUGUCAAGACUGUUAAAGAAAAUGCACAGUAUAAAGAAAGACAAGAGUUGUUGAGGGAAUUGUCGAUUAUGCAAAGAUUCGAUCACCAUCCAAACGUGGUGAAAUUGCUCGGUUGUUGUACCGAAACUGAACCAUACUUUUUAAUAAUGGAAUUUGUUAAGAAUGGAAAACUUCAGAGUUUUCUCAGAGAACAUAGAAAUAAAAGAAAGUAUUAUAACAGUAAUGGCACCAGCCAUAAUUUAACAUCGAGAGACCUGACAAUGUUUGCGUAUCAAGUAGCUCUUGGAAUGGAAUACAUAAGCAGUGUUGGGGUGAUCCAUAGAGAUUUAGCAGCAAGAAAUAUUUUGGUGGAUCAUAACAAUAAUUGCAAAGUUGCCGAUUUCGGACUUUCACGUUAUUUCGAAGAUGGAGAUUGCAGCAUAUACGAACAGAAAACGAAGGGUGCUUUACCCAUACGUUGGAUGGCUCCGGAGUCAUUACAUAUGAGCGUGUUCACUACAAAAAGCGACGUUUGGGCAUUUGGAAUUCUUUUAUGGGAGAUUGUUACUUUAGGAUCAACUCCAUAUCCGGGAAUGAGUGCCAGGGAAGUUAUUCAUCACGUGCAACGAGGUAAUACUAUGGAAUGCCCCGACCAUUGCCAUCCGGAAUUAUACUCGGUUAUGUGUGCCUGUUGGAUUACGAAUCCAAAUUGUAGACCGACGUUUACCAUCUUAUGCAAGAGAUUAGAAAAUCUAUUGCAAGUUCAAGCUGGAUACGUGGAUCUCGACCAUUUUCCCGAAAAUAAUUAUUAUAACUUAUAUCAAAGUCCCGGAGAAAAAGUGUGAACUGUUUUAUAACCAAGACCAAAGAUGAAAUUCUUAUAAAAAAAAAAAACAUAUCUUUGAUUGGAAGAUCAAACUGUCUAUUUAUUGGUUGGCAUUUUAAAUCACCGUGCAACAAAGAUUCAUA